GGGAGUAGCAAAAUAUCAACGCUUACCUGUCAGUUGCAUUCAUGUGCAACCCUAAAGAAGGCAAUUAGUUUGCGGGACUAUUGAUCUAUCAGCAGUGCCAUCAUGGACAGCCAGGGUAGGAAAGUGGUGGUGUGCGACAAUGGAACAGGGUUUGUCAAGUGUGGCUUUGCUGGAUCCAACUUCCCUGACUAUAUCUUCCCUGCCAUGGUGGGGCGCCCCAUCAUCAGAUCCACCACCAAAGUGGGAAACAUUGAGAUUAAGGAUUUGAUGGUCGGGGAUGAGGCCAGUGAAUGUCGCUCCCUCCUGGAAGUGACUUACCCCAUGGAGAAUGGCAUGGUGCGCUGCUGGGAUGACAUGCUCCACCUUUGGGACUACACCUUUGGUCCUGAUCGCCUCAACCUCAAUACAUCAGAGUGCAAGGUUCUGCUGACAGAACCACCCAUGAACCCCACCAAAAACAGAGAGAAAAUGGCAGAGAUCAUGUUUGAGAAAUACCAGUUUCAUGGAAUCUAUGUUGCAAUUCAGGCUGUGCUGACACUAUAUGCCCAAGGGUUGCUCACAGGUGUGGUGAUAGACUCCGGGGAUGGUGUCACCCACAUCUGUCCUGUUUACGAGGGGUACUCUUUACCCCACCUCACGCGGAGGUUGGACAUUGCUGGGCGCGACAUUACACGUUACUUGAUCAAGCUCCUGCUGCUGCGAGGUUACGCCUUCAACCACACGGCUGAUUUUGAGACCGUUCGAAUGCUGAAGGAGAAAGUUUGCUACGUGGGAUACAACAUUGAGCAGGAGCAACGUCUCGCAACAGAGACUACAUACCUUGUGGAGUCAUACACGCUCCCUGACGGCCAGCAGGUGAGGGUGGGUGGUGAAAGAUUUGGGGCCCCUGAGGCUCUUUUCCAGCCUCACCUCAUCAACGUGGAGGGAGCAGGCGUGGCUGAGCUUCUGUUUAACACCAUCCAAGCUGCCGACAUUGACCUCAGGGCAGACUUCUAUAAGCAUAUUGUUUUGUCGGGAGGGUCCACCAUGUAUCCAGGACUUCCAUCCCGACUGGAGAGGGAGAUCAAGCAGCUCUACCUGGAGAGGGUGCUGGAUGGAGACACUGAAAAACUAUCAAAAUUCAAGAUUCGAAUUGAAGACCCCCCACGACGUAAACACAUGGUGUUUUUGGGUGGAGCUGUGCUGGCCAACAUCAUGAAGGACAAGGAAUCCUUCUGGUUGACCAAGGCGGAGUAUGAGGAGAAGGGCCUUGGGGUGCUACAGAAACUGGGCGGUGGAAUCAGAUAAAAUUCAAUCAUUUCACAGUAUGGGGAGAAUGUGCCCAAAAUGAUUCAUAUUUUUUUUUCUUCCAACUUACCUCUCUGUGUUUUAAAUAGUGGAUUCAAAAGUGCAACGUCACUCAUUGAUGCCUUCAGUCCCAGUCGGGUUCAGUUAAGUCAGUUGUGUCGGUCAGUGAGGCAAACGUUAAUCUGUUACGCUAGUGACAUUUCAGUGACGAAAUUUGAGUGACAAUCUCAUAUAAAAGAGCCAAUAUUUGUAUUAAUGAUAAAUAAAGCCUAUCUUAAAAAAUAGUAAUUCCCUUGCUGCGGGUCGAAAAAUAAUGCAACAAUCAUAACUUGGGUGUUGUGUCAACAAUAUAAUGUGAGUAAACAGUAGCAGAGAUGUGAGACCUGCCACGAUCCAACACACAUAUGACGUUAUUCAAAGGUCAUAAACACAACUCUACUUACGUGAGGCCAGCAUCAUUCGCGCAGGCCUCUGCUGUCACCCUCCUCAUUCGUUGGAAGCUCACCAGCACGACUCUCUAACUAUGGUUUAUACUGUUGUUGCCUUUUCGGUGCCAGUUGAGUUCAGUUCCCAAUUUAAAGAGAAACGAGGGGAAAGUAAGUCUGGAGUCACUGGCGUCACGGAAGUUACGAGUUGCUGUCCUCUGGUGUUCAACUUCGGUAGGACAAAUUCGAACGCACAAAUAAGACAAUACAUAUUGCAAUAUUUUUAUUGCGAGUUACCUGACGAGAUACAAAGAAAUGUAAAAAAAAGAAAAAAGAAAAAAGAGAGAAAGCACACACAUUGAACACAUGCGUCACACAUAUGUACCUCACAUUCGCAAAACCUUCACGUUUAAUGAAAAAGCAUGCAGUUAUGCAUAAAAACAUUAAAAACCCCAUUGGCCAGGCCAAAUAUACCUUCAAAUUUCAUGUCUGCCCUCCCUCCCCCGUCCCAAAAUAGAACACUAUUAGGUAUUAUUACUCAUUUUGUUGGUUGAAACAGUCAAUUUAUUGUGAGACCUGCAGGGGAGAACCUCCAGGUUUUGGUGUGUUGGUCCGACUGUCCUCUCGAUCACAGAUAUUCCACAUUACAGCCAAGAGAAAACACGAAGAAAAAUAUUUGAAUACAUUCACAAGUCAUUGGAUAAAUCUGUUGCAGGUCCGCGCUGCCUUCAAUGUCGUUUAAUUUUU